AUGGUUGACAAUAUAGCUGAGAAACUUGCCAAAUCUGAUGCCGAAUGCACAUUUCGAGGCGUUCAGCUUCAUCUUGUACUUUCGGAGAAUGCUAAAGUAUUUGUGAAAACUAAGAAAGUUCUUAGUAUUGUUAUGAAGUAUUUGUUCUGGUUUUUAUUGUUGGUUGAGAAGCUAUGUUUGAAAUGGGAUAAUUUCCAAUCUGAUAAUUGUGGUUAUCUCAACAAAAGAUUGGAUUAUGGAGAAAGAGAGUCAAUGUUGGAUCUUGAAGUUUGUGAUAUUGCAUUGUCUCAUGACAGCAAUAAGUCUGUGAACUUGUCAAACAGAGCAUCUAUAUCCUCCAAAAGGAAUUCGAGUAUUACACAUGUAGGACAGAAAUUUGAAGGUGGAGUUGUUGAAUUUUGUAAUGCAUUGUUGAAGUUUUCUACUGAUUAUGGAUUUGAGUUCAUAUUUGUUAAGAAUGAUAAAGUUCGUGUUACUGAGAGACAAAAGGUUGUAUGUGGAAUGUUCAUGAUUGUUGAAGAUAUUCGUGAUAAUCCAUUGACACGUCCAGUUCAUGUUGUUCAGGAUUUUAAGUUGGGGUAUGGAUUGAGAGUUAGUUAUCGUCAUGCUUGGUUGGGGGUAGAGAAAGCAAACGGUGAGAUUUUUGGAGACUACUUAAUGUCAUUUGACCAAUUAAGAUGGUAUGUGGAUGUUGCAAAGAGUUGCAAUUCAAGGAGUUACAUUGAAUUUGAGUGUAACGAUGAUACUAAACGGUUUAAGAGAUUAUUUGUUGCUUUUCAUGGUUCCACUAGUGGAUUUGAUUAUUGUCGACCUCUCUUAUUCCUUGAUGGCACAUUUUUGAAGGGAAGAUUUAAAGGAAAUUUACUUGCUGCUACAGGAAAAGAUGGAAAUCAAGUGUUUGAUAUUUUGAAUGUUAAGGGUUCUUUCCAGUUUGUUUUACAGUUGUUGGCUCAGAGAAUUAAGAUAACUGGCAUGAACUUGAGGCAUCAUUUGUGUGGUAUGUUUCAUAGAUUGAAAGAAAAGCUGAGCACUCUGUUUGGGAAAUGUGCAUAUGCUCUAACUGAAGAAACAUUUCAUCAAUGUUUGGUUGAGUUAAAGACUGAAGGUGGGUCAAGAAUUGAAAAGUUUUUAGAUGACAUACCAUAUGAUCAUUGGAGUAAUGCAUAUUUUCGAGGGCAACACUUUGGAGAGAUGUGGUCAAAUGUAGCUGAAUCUUUUAAUUCGCGAAUACAAAAGGAACGCCACUUGCCUAUCACAAAGUUGAUUGAUAGUGUAAGAAUUGAGUUGACGAGGAAAAUUGCUAAGAGGAGGGAACUUGUUAAUAAAUGGAAUGGUUUGAUUUGUAACACAACUAUAUAG